CACGGUGGCCCCGCCUCCCCACCGCCUGGAAACCGCGCUGCGGCCCCCUCCCAAAACCCGGAGAAGUGGAUUGUGCGCUCCGCUCCGCACCACUAGUCCCGGGCCGCCGUCCUGACCAGCGGGUCAGGGCUUGCCGGGCGGAAGCCUGGCCUGGAGCCUGGAAGGGGGAGCCGGCCCCGAGCGGGAGCGGACGCGGCCUCAGGCCUGCGCUGAAUAUUGAAGGAUGUUUGUUCCAAGAUCUUUAAAAAUCAAGAGGCACGCUAAUGAUGAUGAUGGCAAAAGUUGUGUGGCUAAGAUAAUUAAAUCAGACCCAGAAGACCUUCAGUUGGACAAAAGCAGAGAUGCUCCCGUUGACGCUCUAGUUAUAGAAGCAGCCACAACACCAGACAGGCACAGCAGCGAAUCAUGCCCUUUCCCCAGCCCAGGUGGCCAGUUGGCAGAGGUUCAUUCAGUAAGUCCCAAGCAGGAUGCGAAGGACAGCCAUCCUUCUGAAGAGCCUGUUAAGUCAUUUUCCAAAACACAGCGCUGGGCAGAGCCGGGGGAACCCGUCUGUGUUGUCUGUGGUCGUUACGGAGAGUAUAUCUGUGAUAAGACAGAUGAAGAUGUGUGUAGUUUGGAGUGUAAAGCGAAACAUCUUCUGCAGGUUAAGGAAAAGGAAGAGAAAUCAAAACUCAGCAAUCCACAGAAGGCUGAUUCUGAGCCAGAGUCUCCACUGAAUGCUUCCUAUGUCUACAAAGAGCACCCCUUUAUUUUGAACCUUCAGGAAGACCAGAUUGAAAAUCUUAAACAGCAGCUGGGAAUUUUAGUUCAAGGGCAAGAAGUCACUAGGCCCAUUAUUGACUUUGAACAUUGUAGUUUCCCUGAGGUCUUAAAUCACAACUUGAAGAAAUCAGGCUAUGAGGUGCCAACCCCCAUUCAAAUGCAGAUGAUUCCUGUGGGACUUCUGGGAAGAGACAUUCUGGCCAGUGCAGAUACUGGCUCAGGAAAAACAGCUGCUUUUCUUCUUCCUGUUAUCAUGCGAGCUUUAUUCGAGAGCAAAACUCCAUCUGCACUCAUUCUUACACCAACCAGAGAGUUAGCCAUUCAGAUAGAGAGACAAGCUAAAGAAUUGAUGAGUGGCCUGCCACGCAUGAAAACCGUGCUUCUUGUAGGGGGCUUACCCUUACCCCCACAGCUUUAUCGUCUGCAACAACAUGUUAAGGUUAUCAUAGCAACCCCUGGGCGACUUCUGGAUAUAAUAAAGCAGAGCUCUGUAGAACUCUGUGGUAUAAAGAUUGUUGUAGUAGAUGAAGCUGAUACCAUGUUAAAGAUGGGCUUUCAACAACAAGUGCUUGACAUUUUGGAAAACAUUCCUAAUGAUUAUCAGACCAUUUUGGUUUCAGCCACAAUUCCAACUAGCAUAGAGCAACUAGCAAGCCAGCUUCUGCAUAAUCCUGUGAGAAUUAUCACUGGAGAAAAGAACCUACCUUGUGCCAAUGUACGUCAGAUUAUUUUGUGGAUAGAAGACCCAGCCAAAAAGAAAAAAUUAUUUGAAAUUUUAAAUGAUAAGAAACUCUUUAAACCUCCAGUGUUAGUAUUUGUGGACUGCAAACUAGGAGCAGAUCUUUUGAGUGAAGCCGUUCAGAAAAUCACAGGGCUGAAAAGCAUAUCUAUACAUUCAGAGAAGUCGCAAAUAGAAAGGAAAAACAUAUUGAAGGGGUUACUCGAAGGAGACUAUGAAGUUGUAGUGAGCACAGGAGUCUUGGGACGAGGCCUAGACUUGAUCAGUGUCAGGCUGGUUGUCAAUUUUGAUAUGCCUUCAAGUAUGGAUGAGUAUGUCCAUCAGGUUGGAAGAGUAGGAAGAUUAGGUCAAAAUGGAACAGCAAUUACUUUCAUCAAUAAUAAUUCAAAAAGACUCUUCUGGGAUAUCGCAAAACGAGUAAAGCCCACAGGAUCCAUUCUUCCUCCCCAGUUAUUAAAUUCCUCAUACCUUCAUGACCAGAAGAGAAAGGAACAACAGAAAGAUAAACAGACACAGAAUGAUCUGGUUACAGGAGCUAAUCUUAUGGAUAUUAUCAGAAAACAUGAUAAAAGUAAUUCUCAAAAAUGAUUUUCUCUGCCACUUGAAUAAUUUUUUUUGUGUAUAGUCAGCAAAAAUUGUUACUUUAUGGUUUGCGUAAAUGGAAAUGUACAUGAAUUAAAAAUAUGAUAUUUUUAAUUUAAUAAAAUUUAUAUAAGUAUAUUGUAUUUAUUUCCCUUCUUAAUUCUUAUAAAUUAAAAACACCAGAAAAUGAAUUAUUAAAUAAAAUACAGUUUUUUCUCUUCUGAA